AUGGCCAGGGAGAUCAGAGUGGUUGUUGCAGCCCCCCAGGAGGCAAAGGGUGUUAACCAGACAGGUGGCCUCUACCAGUGUGACUACAGCACAAGCAGGUGUGAGCCCAUUUCCCUGAAAGUACCCCCAGAGGCUGUGAACAUGUCCUUGGGUCUCUCCCUGGCUGCUACUACAAACCCAACCCAGCUGCUGGCCUGCGGCCCCACUGUGCACCAAAACUGCAAGGAGAACACGUAUGCGAAAGGACUGUGCUUCCUGUUUGACUCCAACCUGAUGAGGCCACCCCAGCAGUUCCCAGAGGCUCUCAGAGAAUGUCCUCAGCAGGAGAGUGACAUUGUCUUCUUGAUUGAUGGCUCUGGUAGCAUCCACCCCAGAGACUUUCAGAAGAUGAAGGAGUUUGUCUCAACUGUGAUGGAGCAGUUCACAAAGUCUAAAACCUUGUUCUCUUUGAUGCAGUACUCUGAUGAGUUCCGGACUCACUUCACCUUCAAUGUUUUCAAGAAAAACCCUAACCCAAGGUUACAUGUGAACACCGUAAGGCAGCUGAAUGGAAAGACAAAAACCGCCUCAGGGAUCCGGGAAGUAGUAAGAGUACUGUUUCAGAAAGCUAAUGGGGCCCGGGAGAAUGCUGUGAAGAUCCUAGUUGUCAUCACAGAUGGAGAAAAAUAUGGAGAUCCCUUGAAUUAUGAGGAUGUCAUCCCUGAGGCAGACAGAGCAGGGGUCAUCCGCUAUGUCAUUGGGGUGGGAAAUGCCUUCGCCAACAGAAAAUCCCGCCAAGAGCUUGAUACCAUUGCGUCUAAGCCAGCUGAUGAUCACGUGUUCCAAGUGGACAACUUUGAAGCUCUGAAGACCAUUCAGGACCAGCUUCAGGAAAAGAUCUUUGCCAUUGAGGGUACUCAGACAGGAAGUACCAGCUCUUUUGAGCAUGAGAUGUCUCAAGAAGGCUUCAGUGCCACAAUCACGUCUAAUGGUCCCUUGCUGGGUUCUGUGGGGAGCUUUGACUGGGCAGGGGGAGCCUUUCUGUACACAUCAAAGGAUAAAAUCACCUUCAUCAACACAACAAGAGUGGAUUCAGACAUGAACGAUGCUUACUUGGGCUAUGCUUCUGCAGUCAUCUUGAGGAGCCGGGUCCAAAGCUUGGUUCUAGGGGCACCUCGAUACCAGCAUACCGGGCUGGUGGUGAUGUUCAGACAGAAUUUCGAUGCUUGGGAGCCCCACACUGAUAUCAAAGGCAGCCAGAUUGGCUCCUACUUUGGGGCCUCCCUCUGUUCCGUGGACAUGAAUGGUGAUGGCAACACCAACUUGAUCCUCAUUGGAGCCCCUCAUUACUAUGCCCAGACUCGAGGAGGCCAGGUGUCAGUGUGUCCCUUGCCUAGGGGGCAGAGGGCACAGUGGCGGUGUGAGGCCAUUCUCCACGGUGAGCAGGGCCAUCCCUGGGGUCGCUUUGGGGCAGCUCUGACAGUGCUGGGAGAUGUGAAUGGGGACAAGCUGACAGAUGUGGCCAUCGGGGCCCCAGGCGAGCAGGAGAAUCAGGGUGCUGUCUACAUUUUUCAUGGGGCAUCGGCAGUCAGCAUCAGCGCCCUUCACAGCCAGCGGAUCACAGGUGCCAGUUUCUCCCCCAAGCUCCAGUACUUCGGUCAGUCUCUGAGUGGGGGCAAGGACCUCACAAUGGAUGGCCUGACAGACCUGGCUGUGGGGGCCCAGGGGCACCUCUUGCUGCUCAGAGCCCAGCCCGUGCUAAGACUUGAGGCAACCAUGGAAUUCAUUCCAAAGAGUCUAGCAAGGAGUGUGUUUGAGUGUCAAAAUCAAGCAUCAAGAAACAAGGAUGCUGGAAAUGUCAGAGUCUGCCUCCAUGUCCGCAAGAACACCAAGGAUCGGCUGCAAGGAGAGAUCCAGAGCACUGUCACUUAUGACCUGGCUUUAGACCCUGGCCGCAUACAUGCCCGUGCCAUCUUUGAUGAGACAAAGAACAGAACACGCAGGAAAAGCCAGGUCUUUGGAUUGGCACAGAAAUGUGAAACCCUGAAGCUACUGUUACCGGACUGUGAGGAAGAUUCACUGAGCCCCAUCAUCCUGCGCCUCAACUAUACACUGGUGGGAGAGCCCCUGCGCGCCUCUAGGGACCUCCGGCCGGUUCUGGCAUUAGAUGCCCAGAGGUCCUUCAUAGCGAUGUUUCCCUUUGAGAAGAAUUGUGGUAAUGACAGUGUUUGCCAGGAUGACCUCAGCAUCACUAUGAGUUCUACAGACCUGGACACUUUGGUGGUGGGAGACCCCCGGGACUUCAACGUGAGGGUGACUGUGAGAAAUGAUGGUGAAGACUCCUACAACACCCAGGCUACCUUAUACUACCCAUCUGGCUUGUCUUACCGGAAGGUGUCAGUGAGCCAGAACCCGCUUACCCAGAAGCCUUGGCGCGUGCAGUCUGAGUCCAGCUCUUCCACUGAAGAGCCUGGGGCUCUGAAGAGUACCACCUGGAACAUAAACCACCCCAUCUUUCCUGCUAACUCUGAGAUCACUCUUACGGUCACAUUUGAUGUGGACUCUGAUGCUUCCCUUGGGAACAAACUGCUCCUCAAGGUCAAUGUGACCAGUGAGAACAACAUGUCCAGGACCCACAAAACGGAGUUUCGGUUGGAGCUGCCUGUGAAGUAUGCUGUCUACAUGGUUGUCACCAGUGAUGAGAGUUCUACCAAAUAUUUCAACUUCACAGCUUCAGAGAUGACUAGUCAGGUCAUCCAACAUCAGUACCAGUUCAACAACCUGGGCCAGAGGAGCGCCCCCAUCAGUGUGGUCUUCUGGGUCCCCGUCCAGCUUAACAAGGUGACCAUAUGGGAUCGUCCCCAAGUCAUCUUCUCCCAGAACCUGUCAAAUGCCUGCCACACUGAGCAGAAACCCCCCUCUCACUCUCAGUUCCGGGAUGAGCUUGAGAAGACCCCAGUACUGAACUGUUCUAUAGCAGUCUGUAAGAGAAUCCAGUGUGAUCUCCCGUCCUUCAACAGUCAGGAAAUGUUCAAUGUCACCCUCAAGGGUAAACUGUCAUUUGACUGGUAUAUCAAGACUUCUCAUAACCACCUCCUGCUUGUGAGCACUGCUGAGAUUGUGUUUAAUGACUCCGUGUUUGCCCUGCUUCCAGGGCAGGGCAUGUUUGUGAAGUCUCAGACAGAGACCAAAGUGGAGCCAUAUAAAGCUCACAACCCUGUACCACUCAUUGUGGGCAGCUCCAUCGGGGGGCUGGUGCUGCUGGCUGUCAUCAUUGCUGUCCUGUACAAGCUUGGCUUCUUCAAGCGGCAAUACAAGGACAUGAUGAGUGAAGCUGCUCCCCAAGAAGCCCCACCUCAGUAAUGGCCCUUUCUCCAUGAAGUGACCUCUGCAACACCUAGGUCCCGAGGCUGAUGGGCUGACAUGUCCUCUAGGAGACUGUUGCAGUGGUGUCCUGUACAGGAAUGGCUUGGGAUUUGUG